ACACGGCCUACCUUAUCACCGUUACGUUCCUGUCCAAUUCUAAGAUUUGAUUUUUUCAUUCAUUUCUAUGUUCCCGCUUAUUCACACAGUUCCUCUCUCCAUCUCUCACAUUUUCAGUCUCUCUCUCUCUGUGUUCUCUUUGGUGAUCUCUCUGAUUCUCCCAAAUCGAAACCCUAGCGAAGCUCAAUGAACCACUACCACAUCUACCAAGCCAUUGGCAGAGGCAAAUACUCGACUGUGUAUAAAGGCAGGAAGAAGAAGACAAUCGAGUACUUCGCGAUUAAGAGCGUCGAUAAAUCGCAGAAGAACAAGCUUCUUCAAGAAGUUAGGGUUCUCCACUCUCUAGAUCACACAAAUGUACUCAAAUUUUGUUCCUGGUAUGAAACAUCCGCUCACUUGUGGUUAGUUUUGGAGUACUGUGUUGGUGGAGAUUUGAUGACCUUGUUGAAGGAGGAUAAAAAACUACCAGAAGAUUCAAUUCAUGAUCUUGCAUGCAACCUUGUCAAAGCUUUGCAGUAUUUGCAUUCCAAGGGAAUUAUUUAUUGUGAUUUGAAGCCCUCGAACAUUCUAUUGGAUGAAAAUGGACGUACAAAGCUAUGUGAUUUUGGGUUGGCUAGAAAAUUGAGUGAUAUAUCAAAAACUCCUUCUUCCUUGUUGCCGCAAGCUAAACGUGGAACACCAUUUUACAUGGCUCCCGAGCUGUUUGAGGAUGGGGGUGUCCAUUCUUAUGCAUCUGAUUUCUGGGCCCUUGGUUGUGUGCUAUAUGAGUGUUAUGCAGGGAGGCCUCCCUUCAUGGGGGGAGAAUUUACUCAACUAGUAAAAUCCAUCCUUUCAGAUCCAACUCCACCUCUCCCGGGUAAUCCAAGCCGCACUUUUGUCAACCUAAUCGAUUCUUUAUUGGUAAAAGAUCCAGCUGAAAGAAUUCAAUGGCCUGAGCUUUGUGGACAUGCUUUUUGGAGAACUAAAUUCACUCCAGUGCCUUUACCUCCUCAGCCUGCUUUCACUAAUAUGAUAGAACAAUAUGCUAAACCAUGUCUUUCAGAAUGUAAAGGUGAUAAAUCUCUCCAAAACAAGACCCCUCCUAAGUAUCGUGAAAAAGAUGUAAAAGGGGCUCUGAAGCAGGAUGAUAAUUCUAUUUUAGGAUUGAGAGGCUAUGAGACACCAGUCAAGGGUACACCAAGUGGCCGCAAAACUCAAACCAAGGCUUCUGGUAGAGUGGUUGAGGAGAAGAAUAAAGACCGUCCAAGUGCCACUAGAGGCUUGAAUCUUUUAAGACUUUCAAGAAUAGCAAAGACAAACUUACAAAGGGAGAAUGAGAAGGAAAACUACAGGAGGCCCUUGCCUAAUGGCUCUGAGAAUGAUGCCGAAGUCAAAAUUGAGAACACUGAUAUGGAACUUGAUUUUAAUGAGAACACUGAAGAUGAGGCACAGGAUGAAUCUGAUAAUGCAACUUGUACUUCUGAAGACAAGAUGUCAUGUCAAGAUCAGCAACAGGGGAAAGUAGAAGAUAUUGAAAAUAAUACACAUCAGUUUGAUACGCCUGCCUCAGAUGAAUCAAAACCAAUGGACCAGGAUUCAUCUUCAGAGCAUAUUGAAGUGGCUGCUACCCCUCCCAGUGUCAGUCCUCAGCUUAAAAAUCAGAGAAUUAAAGAUGGUUCAGGAUCAGUCGUUGACUCUGAUUCUUCAAAAUCAUCUAAUAACAUUUCCCAGGUUUUUUGGCAUCCAUCUGAUCUCUCAGUCAGACCUGUAAUGCCUAGCAGAAAAGCUGAUAAACUAUUGGAGGUGAUUCCGUCACUUCCCUUUGAGGCCCUGCAAGCAUCUGAAUAUGUGAAGCUGCCUAAAGACCAGUUGGAUUCCCUGAACAAUAGGAUUACAGCCAUUUUUAGUGGGAACACUAGCAUUGGGGAGAAGCAGAAUGUGAUCAAAUACCUUGAGAUGUUGAGCACUAAUGUUGAAGCAGCCAAUAUCUUGACCAAUGGGCCAAUAAUGCUCAUGCUUGUUAAAAUGCUCCGACAAUCCAAAGCAUCUGCUUUGCGUGUUCAACUUGCAUCACUGAUUGGCUUGCUGAUACGGCAUUCGACUUUUAUUGAAGAUGAUUUGGCGAAUUCUGGAAUUUUAGGUUCACUUUCUGAUGGCCUUAGGGACAAGCAGGAUAAAGUGAGGAGGUUUUCAAUGGCUGCUUUAGGUGAGUUGCUAUUCUAUAUAUCAACUCAAAAUGAUAAUACUAGAGAUAACAAUCCACCUGAAUCUCCAUCGAAGGACAAUAAGUCCACAUCUGGCUGGCAGGUUUCAAAUUCGUUGCUUUCAUUGGUGUCAUCAAUUUUACGAAAAGGUGAGGAUGAUAUGACUCAACUUUAUGCAUUGAGGACAAUUGAGAAUAUCUGCAGUCAAGGAGGGCACUGGGCAGCUCGUUUCACCAGCCAGGAUGUGAUUAGUAAUGUGAGCUAUAUAUAUAGGGCCGCAGGGAAACAGGAGAGCAUGAGACUCACAGCAGGAUCAUGUUUGGUCCGCCUGGUUCGUUUCAAUCCUCCCAGCACUCAGUCAGUUUUAGAUAAACUUUCCUUCAAGGAAAUAGCAUCUGCCCUUGUCAAGGGCAGUCCACGUGAGCAGCAAAUUAGCUUGAACCUUUUAAACAUGGCCAUGCUUGGAAGCCAUAUGUUCACCAGUACUGGUCGGUAUCUUCUACCUCUGGCAGAGGAUAAAAAUCUUAUCCCAAGUCUUGUGACUCUCAUUGAGCAGGGAAGUGAAGUUUUGAAGGGAAAGGCACUCAUAUUUGUGGCUCUCCUUUGUAAGAAUGGUAGGAGAUGGCUGCCACACUUUUUGUGCAAUGCUAAAUUACUUUCUGCUGUGGACAGGCUAGCAAAAGAUAAGGACAACUUUGUGAAACAGUGUUUAGAUGCAUUUGUGAAUGUUGUGGCAUCCACUAUACCAGGUUUACUGGAUACCAUAGCUGGAGAUAUUCAGCAAAUGAUGGGAGGAAGGCGCCAUGGUCAUAUUUCCGCCCUUAGCAGUCGAACUGCUUCAAAGACUAAUGUUCAUAUGUUUCCUGUUGUUCUUCAUCUACUCGGGAGCUCAUCUUUUAAGCGCAAGGUGGUCAGCCAUCAUGUCCUGCAGCAGUUGGCAAAUUUAAUCAAACUUGUUGAGACCCCAUUUCAGGGCAGGGACGACUUCCAAAUAACCCUUCUUCGAGUUCUAGAAUCUGUGACAGAAGAGUCCCCUGUAAUUCUUGAAAACCCCGUUAUUUUCAUUAAAGAAAUUCUCCCCAGCUUGGCUGUUCUGUAUAAGGGAAACAAGGAUGGUGAUGCCAGAUUUUUGUGUCUGAAAAUUUUGUUUGAUGUAAUGGUCAUUUUUUUUAACGAACCAUUUGAUGAUGAGCAAAGAUCAAAAGACUUGAAGUCCAUAGCUAAUACUCAUUUCCUCCCUCUCUACCCCACCUUGAUUGAAGAUGAAGAUCCUAUUCCAAUGUAUGCACAGAAGCUUCUUGUGAUGUUCAUUGAGUUUAAAUACAUUAGAAUUUCAGACAUUCUGCAUCUGAAGACAAUCUCACAAUGCUUUGAGUUUUUGCUCGGUGAUCUCUCCAGUGCAACUGUAAACAAUGUCAACUUGUGUCUGGCUCUCGCAUCUGCUCCUGAAAUGGAACCCAAAUUACUUUCCCAACUAAAAGUAGUCAGGAGGAUUGGAAACCUCUUGGAAUUUGUUUAUGCAAAGGAUAUGGAGGAUUUUCUUGAACCAACUCUUGGCCUGUGUAGGGCUUUUCUUCUACGAUCAAUCAGCAGCAGAAAAGGAUUUAUCUACACAAAAGAACCAGCUCUCUUAAGUGAUGGUUCUGCUGAAGCAAGCAGUGCGGUUGAUCAGCAGCUAUGCAUAAGAGACAUAAUGGACUUUGGUAGCAAUGUAGGUGUACUGUUGGAGUUAUGUGGGUCCCAUGAAGCAAAUGUUGCAGAUAUAGCUUCUGAAUCUGUGGUAUUGUUGCUUAAGGCAGCUCCAAGGGAAGCCACAACUGGUCUUCUAACUAAUCUCCCAAAGGUUAGUGCAAUUCUUGAGUCUUCAAGCAGGGGUGUCUCACACUUAAUUGUGCUGCGGGUGCUGCAUGCUCUUGGCUAUUCUUGUAGGCAAUAUCUGUCACAAGCAAUGAUAUUAUCAAUAUCUAUACCCGAGAUUUCAAGGAUUGAAGCUUUUGUGUCUGAAUUGAAAAGUUCAGGUGUAUCUGCUUUAGCCAAUGCUGCUUUGCUUGUGGCAUUGGAGCUGCAGCGGCUGCCUCGGUGUGUUUGAUGACCUCAAGGUAUAACCUGUAAGAGGCUCAAGUCGCUGUCCAUGCAUACCAUCAGCACCCACUACAUGUUUCAGCAUUGGCACAUAUCGUUGGUUUCAAUUUCAUUUUAUGAAAUUGAAGAGAGACAUCCUUUGGCAGCUAUAGCUGGUUUCAAUUUCAUUUUAUGAACUUGAGGAGAGACAUCCUUUGGCAGCUAUAGCUGCUAAACGAUGACCAAUUUGGUGAAACCCUGUGAUUUUGGGGCCAGGGGAGGGUUUAAUUUUUUCAGAUUUAUAGGUGUUUGAAGGUCCCAUGUGUCUGCAAAUAUUUUCAGUAGCACUACUGAUGAUUACAGUUUGGUGUAAAUAAAGUCGUCAUUUACCUCAUAUAAACUUUCAACCUCCAAUUAGUUAAUGUUUUGUGCAUAAUUGCAAAAAAUAUUUUAGUUUGUCUGUUGUUUCUUACCAAGGAAUUAACUAAUUACAUCUGAGAUCGAACGUGAACAACUCCAAAUACAUUCUGAACACUUCUGAGUUUGUAGCUCAAUUCCAACAUUUAUUGUGGAAAAUCUAAUACAGCUUAAAAUAUUGCUUGUUGACUUC